AUGGCCGAUAACAUGCCCUCCGGCCCCGAGUUCCGCACCGGCCGCGCCGAUUCCACCUCUUCUACUUCCUCCACCAGCACGACCAACACCGUCAACUCCAGCUCUGGGAUGCCCAAGGCACCACCUCGCCGGAGAUCAAGCCACCUCUUCGAAGGCCUCGAAGCCCAAAAACGCUCCCAAGACCCGGCCGCAGUAGCAAGACGCCAGAGCAUGAACGAACAACGGCCCAAGUCGGGCUUCAUCGGCAGCAUGUGGAACAACUGGGUCCACGGCCAGUAG